AUGAUGCGGCUAACGCAGAGGUCCAAGGUGGAGGAGGGCCAAGUGGGGCUGCUUAGACCAAGGCCAGUCUGUCCUCCCUCGUCCCUGUACUUCUUCUGUCUCAGUCUGUCCUGUGUCCCUUUGCUGCCUCUGUCUCAGUCUGUCCUGUGUCCCUGUACUUCUUCUGUCUCAGUCUGUCCUGUGUCCCUGUACUUCUUCUGUCUCAGUCUGUCCUGUGUCCCUGUGCUGCCUCUGUCUCAUCUGUCCUGUGUCCCUGUGCUGCCUCUGUCUCAGUCCCCCGUCCCUGUGCUGCCUCUGUCUCCUCCUGUAAUGAUCCACAAACCCGAGCCUCCCCCAGAGAUGAGACAUGAGCCCUGUGCUGCAGGAAGAGAGCGGUCGAUAGCUUUUAACAGAAACCAGAUCAUAUUCUGA